AACGUAAUAUAAUAUUCAUUGAUCUUUCUCGAGCUUGUUCAAAGGUGGCAACUGCCCCUAUUUUCAAGCUGAAUUAUUUAAUGGUUUAGGUCCUUUUCUGUUUCAACUCUGGCAAUGGGACAAUGCAUUUUGCCAUAAAAAUUCGAACCGACUUUUUUCUAGUCAGAGGCUUGACUUUGCCGUAUGCAUAUACAAAUAUUGUAGCCAUCCAUCCAUUUUCAAUACCCCAACACGUCUCUUCAAGUUUCACCAUUCUUGCAGCUGAAACAAGCAUGGAAGUGUCACCAUCUUUGCUUCCACUUAAGGACCGAGUAGCAAUAGUAACAGGUGGCUCUCGUGGAAUCGGCCAUGCCAUUGUCAACCACCUUCAUUCUCUAGGUGCAAGAGUGGCGAUCAAUUAUGCUUCGAAUUCAACACAAACUGAUCUUUUGGCAUCGGAGUUAAACGCUUCGUGUACCACUGAUCAUCAUCCCCAAGCAGUUGCCAUCAAAGCCGAUGUUUCAGACCCCGAGCAAGUCAAGCUACUCUUUGAUAAAACCGAGCAAGAAUUUGGCUCCAAAAUACACAUCCUAGUCAACUGUGCUGGUAUAAUGGAUCAAAAAUACCCAACCUUAGCAAACACAGCAGUAGAGGAUUGGGAUAUGACAUUCAACAUCAACACCAAAGGAUCGUUCCUUUGUUGUCGCGAGGCAGCACGUCGGUUGACACGCGACGGCAGAGGAAGAAUCAUAACGAUCUCCACAUCUUUGGUGGGAUCCCUCUUACCUGGAUAUGCAGCUUAUGUUGCUUCAAAAGCAGCUAUUGAGUCGAUGACAAAGAUUUUGGCUAAGGAACUCAAAGGCACAAAGAUAACAGCAAAUUGUGUUGCACCAGGGCCAGUAGCCACAGAACUGUUCUUUGCUGGUAAAACUGAAGAAACUAUACAGAGAUUUGUGGAUGGUUGCCCUCUAGGUCGAUUGGGCGAGCCAAAGGAUAUAGCAGGAAUUGUAGGGUUUUUAGCCAGUGAUGCUGGUGAGUGGACCAAUGGGCAGGUUAUUAGAGUCAAUGGAGGAGUUGUUGUGUAAACCACCAUACAGUCAAGAGGGGUUCCGGGUCGAAUUUUAGCUUAUGAAAUUUUCAAAUCCCUUAUCCAAGCUUACUUGGACUGGAUCAAAGUAAAAAUCACAUUGUUCGAGGUUAGUUUCAGUCUUAUUGAAUUUAUCGGACCAGUUGAGUAAUCAAAUCCGUAGACAAGUCUAUUUAUUGUUGCUACUUUUUCUUUUCUUUUUACUCUGUUCUUGAAGAUAUGGUUAAAUUGUUAUUUGUAUAUCUCAUUAUAAAAAUGUACUUAAAAAGAUGUCUGAUGAUGAAUUUAAGGAGUAAAAUUUGAUUUAACUUAAAAA